CACACACACACCACACUCCUACACACAUCCAUGCGAAUAUGCAUGUCGUGUAUCUGUGAGUGUGCGUUUGUAUGUAUGUACGUGGUUUACUCGUCGCAUUCACCUCGUAUUCCAAUCGCUUCGCGUUCGUCGUGGUGCUCGUUGCUUGGCUUUUGCUGUUGGUUGGUUGGCGCUUAGAUUGGAUUGAACAAGAAUGCUCCGUCUUCAGCGCGGAGCAGUCGGUCGCAUUAUGUGGUUCCGUUUAAUAGUGAACUCGUAAACCGAAAAACAUUAAAAACAUCUACUCAGGAAUAAACAGCUAUCGAUACUACCCGAGAAUAUUGCAAAUAUUAAAUAUCGAGCAUAGCCACGAGCCCACAGAUCCUGCCAUACCUCAACGGGUAGUUAAAGCAACAAAUGAAAGCACAAGAACUAUUCUAACUAGCCGUGUUCAACAAUUAUUUACAACAACAUCAACAAACAUCAACAACAAGUCGUGCAACGCUAAAUAUACAAGAUAUACAACAAAAUAUAUUUACUAUAUACAACAAAAUAUAUACAUAAGAAGUUCGGUGCCUGUUGCUGGAUUUAACCAUAUACACAACACACAACAUAGAUAUAUACAAAAAUAAUCGACAUCAACUCUACCAUGGAUAACGAUGACCACAGCACACUCAAUAGAUCUCCAACGGAUUGUGGCGACGAUAAUUUUAAUUUGGUUUUCGGAUCUGACCGCGUUUCCAUCAACUCCAGCACCCCGUAUUCUGAUGCAACUCAAACAAAAAAACACUCUCCUGGCCAUAUUAAAAGACCGAUGAAUGCAUUCAUGGUCUGGAGUCAAAUGGAACGGAAAAAAAUUUGCGAGAGAACACCAGACCUGCAUAAUGCAGAGAUAUCUAAGGAAUUGGGAAAACGAUGGCAGCUCUUGACGAAGGAUGAUAAGCAGCCAUACAUUAUGGAAGCGGAAAAGCUUCGGAAAAUGCAUAUGAUAGAAUAUCCAAAUUAUAAAUAUAGGCCACAGAAGAAACAAUCGCGCUUAUCGGUUUUAAAGCAAAAUCAAGAUGGAGACAACAACGAUAUUAAGCAUAAUGACUCACACAAUAAUAAUACUAAUACUAAUAAUAACAAUGAUAAUAAUAAUACAUCGACCUCGGUCGCAACAUGCACUGCCGCCACUGCCGGUCGGAAAAACAAAAGAUCUACCUCAACUUGUCAAUCUGGUACGAUAGCGAAGCGGUCGAGAAACGAUUCAGGUGAUAACCUCAAACAAAACAGCAACCACCACAACAAAUACAAUAUAAAGACGGCCUCUGAUAACACUGUCGAUAUUAUGAUACCAUUGGAUGAGGAUUAUUUAAGCUAUGCAAAUCAGUCGGAAUUUCUACCUACGCCUAAUAACAAUAACAACAAUAUCAACAACAAUAGUGAACUGAGUGUUGAUGAAAUUACAGUUAAAUCGGAAAAUCUAACUGAGAUAAAUCCAAUCAAUACGAACGAGAUUCUUAAAUAUUUGCCAAUGUUUGAGAGUUUGUCAAAAAGCGAAGACUCAUUGCUCGAGGCGAAUGUGAAUUCCAUGGAGUUGCCCACCAAUAGCCGAGGUGCUGCUAUCCAACAUCAUGUUUUGAAUGUGAUCCGUAGCCAAACGGCUUUCGACGAUUGCCAGACGUUAAGUGGCGAGCCCGUAUCAUCCGUAUUUGAUCCCGAAGAGAAGAUUGUGAAUGAUGCUAAUUUGAAUUCGGCCAGCCAUCACUUACCAUCACUCUUUGUGACAGACACUUCACACGAGUGCUAUGCCGACGACUGUGCAUCGGAAAGUCAGCAUCCGCUUCAAUCAACAGCGACAACGGCGGCGGCGUUCGCCCUCCAACCGCAAACUGUGACCAUGAACAUUGAAAUCCACAAUAGUGCGCUUGCGUAUGGCGGCCAUACAUUCCACAAUGACGAAUUCAAUCCGAUUCCAUCGGCCACCGAUGACAGCGAUUGCAGCAUUCUAACCUCAACACAUUCGCCGCACAUUGGCUUUGGCAGCAAUGGCUUGGUUGAUGGUUCCGAUGGCAUUGUGAACCCAUCAUCAUCAUCCACAUAUUCCACCUCAACGCAUGACUACAGCGGCAAUCUUAUUGGAGUACACAAUGAUCUCAACUACCAAGUACAUGAUAAUAAUGGAGCUCUGCUAGCAUACACAUUUGAGGACUUACCACCUCAGCCAACUGGUAGUCAUUUAGAGUUUAACACUAAUCGAUAUGAGUUUUCAAGUUUAUACAGAAUGUGAGCUAUCAAAAUGUGAGAAACAAAAAUAUUUAAGCUUUGUGUAAUUUGUAACUUGUAAUUUUGUAAUUGUAAUUAAUGUUUUUACGUUUAUAAUUAUACACCAAAAUAUAUACAUAUACAUAAAGAUACAUAUAGAUAUUUUAUAUAUA